AUGCAUUUAAUCUUCACAAGAUUCUUGGCAUACUUUUACUUCGGGUACCAAGUCGUUCUCCAUUCCUUCAUCGACCCUUGUCACCUGCACCCCCAGCCUUGCCAUAUCCUGGCGCAGAUAGGACACACCGUUCGCCUGGGUGCCCUACUCCCUUCUCGCCAGCCGGCGAGGGUGCAGGCUGCCCUGAACCGGGCUCUCGCCAGUCUGGCCCAAACUGGGGACAACUUCCUUCCGUACAACCUGAGCUUGGAAAUAGUGCCGCGGGAGCCCCUCAACGGAGACCCGGAGUCUCUCUUUAGGUGCGUCUGCCAGGCGAUCGUUGUGCAGGGAGUCUCCGCCGUGCUCGCCUUUCCCCAGACCCAGGAGGAGCUCGUACAAGUGGAAUUUAUGGCUUCUUUUUUGGAGAUCCCUUUUAUCAGUAUUGUUGAGCAAGGAGAGCCGCUGAAAACGCAAAACCGGUUCCACCUGCAGAUGGUGACGCGGAUCGCCCCGUCGGGCCUGGCGGAGCUCCUGCUGACGGUGCUCCAGCGGAGCGGCUGGCAGGAGGGCAUGGCGGUGCUGUGCCAGGGCUGGGAGGAGGCCGGCGUGCUGGAGCUGCUGGAGCUCCAGAGCAGGACAGACUGGGGCGAGGCGCGCUGGCACCUCCGGGCCGCCCUCAACCUGUCCGCGGCCGCCGAGGAGGAAGUGGAGGUGGCGGACUUCCUGUGGGAGCACUUCCGGCAGGCGCGGCCCCCGCCCGCCUCCGUGCUGCUGUUCGGGGCCGACCCCCAGUGCGCCGCCACCGUGCUCCGCAGCGCCCACGACCUGGGCCUCAGCCUGCCCACCGUGCACUGGAUCAUGGGAUACCCGCUCAGCCCCGACGCCCUGCACUCCAUCGGCCUGCCGCUGGGCCUGCUGGCCUACGGCGAGGUGGACCGCAAGCCGCUGGACUUCUACAUCCUGGACGCGCUGCAGCUGGUCAGCCGGGCCGUGUCGGCCGCCACCGUGGUGCGGCCCGACCUGGCGCUGAUCCAGAACAUGGUCAACUGCUACGACAAGCCCAAUAAACACGAGGUGCCCUCCUCCGGGCAGUAUCUCGCCAGGUUCCUGUCCAACACAUCGUUCACGGGGCUGACGGGGCCGGUGAAAGUGCAGCGCAACCUCUCGCGGGUCCUGACCUCCCAGCGCUUCCACAUCUGGAGCCUGCGGAGGGACGCGGUGGGCCAGCCCACCUGGGUGACCGUGGGCAGCUGGGAGAGCGGGCGGCUGGAGGUGGAGGAGGAGGGCCUGUGGCAGGGCCCGACCCCGCGGCAGAGGGCCGAGGGCCAGGGCGGGAGGAAGGACGGGCGCUGGCAGGCGGGACAGCCCGUGGCGGGGAGCCGUCUGCGCGUGGUCACGCUGGUGGAGCACCCGUUCGUCUUCACCCGCGAGGUGGACGAGGACGGCAACUGCCCCGCGGGGCAGUUCUGCCUGGACCCGCGCACCAACAGCUCCGACUUCCUGGACCGCCUGUUCCGCGAGGUGUCGCUGGGCAACCUGACCUUCCUGCCCGCCGACUUCAGCAAGUGCUGCUACGGCUACUGCAUCGACCUGCUGGAGAAGCUGUCCGAGGACCUGCACUUCCAGUUCGACCUCUACAUCGUGGGCGACGGCAAGUACGGCGCGUGGAAGGGCGGCCGCUGGACGGGGCUGGUGGGCGACCUGCUGAGCGGGGUGGCCGACAUGGCCGUCACCAGCUUCAGCAUCAACUCCGCCCGCAGCAAGGUCAUCGACUUCACCAUCCCCUUCUUCUCCACCAGCCUGGGCAUCCUGGUGCGCAGCAAGGACACGGCCGCGCCCAUCGGCGCCUUCAUGUGGCCGCUGCACUGGAGCAUGUGGGUGGGCAUCUUCGUGGCCCUGCACAUCACCGCGCUCUUCCUCACGCUGUACGAGUGGAAGAGCCCCUUCGGCAUGACGCCGCACGGGCGCAACCGCGUGAAGGUGUUCUCCUACUCCUCCGCGCUCAACCUGUGCUACGCCAUCCUGUUCGGACGCACCGUCUCCAGCAAGACGCCCAAGUGCUGGACGGGCCGCUUCCUCAUGAACCUGUGGGCCAUCUUCUGCCUGCUGGUGCUGUCCAGCUACACCGCCAACCUGGCCGCCGUCAUGGUCGGGGAGAAGACCUUCGAGGAGCUCUCCGGGAUCCAUGACGCCAAGCUCCACCACCCCUCCCACGGGUUCCGGUUCGGCACCGUCAGGGAGAGCAGCGCCGAGGACUACAUGAAGAAGAGCUUCCCGGAGAUGCACGAGUACAUGAGGCGCUUCAACGAGCCCACCACCCCUGACGGAGUCUCCACACUCAAGACAGAUCCCCCUCAGCUCGAUGCUUUCAUUAUGGACAAGGCCCUCCUGGACUACGAGGUCUCGAUCGACGCGGACUGCAAGCUGCUGACGGUGGGAAAGCCGUUUGCGAUCGAAGGCUACGGCAUUGGCCUGCCCCAGAACUCCCUCCUCACCUCCAACAUGUCCGAGUUCAUCAGCCGCUACAAGUCGGACGGCUUCAUGGACAUGCUGCACGACAAGUGGUACAAGGUGGUCCCCUGCGGAAAGAGGGUCUUUGCGGUGACAGAGACCCUGCAGAUGGGGAUACGCCACUUCUCGGGCCUGUUCGUGCUCCUGUGCGUGGGCGUGGCCGGGGCCCUGCUCACUCUCGUCGGUGAACACGCCUUCUACCGCCUCGUCCUCCCACACAUCCGCCGCAGACAGAAGUUCAAGUACUGGCUCCACACCAGCCAGAAAAUCCACAGAGCCUUGAACAUGACCUACGAGGAUGUGAAGAAGCAACGGGCCAACACGGAGAAGAGCUGUAACAUCCAGAAGGUGCAGCCCCCGCAGCCCCCGCCCGCGCCCCCCCCGCCCGGCGCCACGGCCAAGUGGAACAACGAGAGCAGCGGGGUGAUGGCCCGCGACCCCAAGGACAACAAGCGGGUCCACUUCAACCUGGAGACGCUCAACAGCCGGAGGCUCCUGGCGCGGGCCGGCGGCCAGGCCGAGGGCGAGAGGCUGAGCCUGGUGGGCCGCGUCUGCGAGAACGGCGGUCCGGCCGCCGCGCCCGCCCGGAUGGUGCUGCCGGCGGCCCGCCCCGCGCCCGCCCCCGCCCCCGCCCCCGCGCCCGCCCCCUGCACCCCGCCCCGGGACGGCGAGCUGGAGGAGCUGCAGGAGAGGAUCGAGGUGAUCCGCGAGCAGCUGAAGGCCGCGCUGGCCAGGAGGGCCGAGAUCCAGACCUCCCUGGCCAAGGAGAAGGCCAUCGCCGUCAAACGGGACACGAGGGACGAACAGAAAUGGGAACGACAAUCUGUGGGAGUGGGACCUUCGGAGAGGAAGGCAGAGUCGCUGAGGGGCGUGGCCCAGCGACAGCAGUGCGGCACGGGGAGCCCCGAUUCGCCGGCUGUGUGCGAUCCGGUGGUGACAAAACAAGACAAACGUGUGCCAUCAGGAGCCCCCCCAGGACGCUAA